CCCGCCCUGCGCGCUCGGGCUGGCUCGGCGGCUGCUGCGGGCGGGCAGGCGGGUGCGCCGAGGGCCGGUGCCCCGCAGCAGGUGGGCGGGGUGCGGUUGACGGCGGCGGCUGGGCCGGGGGCUGCCGGCUGCGCUCGGGCCGUGCGCGGCGGCGGUGCGGGCGCGCCAUGGACUUCAACAUGAAGAAGCUGGCGUCGGACGCGGGCAUCUUCUUCACCCGGGCCGUGCAGUUCACGGAGGAGAAAUUUGGCCAGGCUGAGAAGACUGAGCUUGAUGCCCACUUUGAAAACCUUCUGGCCCGGGCAGACAGCACCAAGAACUGGACAGAGAAGAUCUUGAGGCAGACAGAGGUGCUGCUGCAGCCCAACCCCAGUGCCCGAGUGGAGGAGUUCCUGUAUGAGAAGCUGGACAGGAAGGUCCCCUCAAGGGUCACCAACGGGGAGCUGCUGGCUCAGUACAUGGCAGACGCGGCCAGUGAGCUGGGGCCGACCACCCCCUAUGGGAAGACACUGAUCAAGGUGGCAGAAGCUGAAAAGCAACUGGGAGCCGCAGAGAGGGAUUUUAUCCACACGGCCUCCAUCAGCUUCCUCACACCCUUGCGCAACUUCCUGGAGGGGGACUGGAAGACCAUCUCGAAGGAGAGGCGGCUCCUCCAAAACCGGCGUCUGGACUUGGAUGCCUGCAAAGCGAGGCUGAAGAAGGCCAAGGCUGCAGAAGCCAAAGCCACGACGGUGCCUGACUUUCAGGAGACUAGACCUCGUAAUUACAUUCUCUCGGCCAGCGCCUCCGCGCUUUGGAAUGAUGAAGUGGACAAGGCUGAGCAGGAGCUCCGCGUGGCCCAGACAGAGUUUGACCGGCAAGCAGAAGUGACCCGUCUCUUGCUGGAGGGAAUCAGUAGCACUCACGUGAACCACCUGCGCUGCCUCCACGAGUUCGUCAAGUCUCAGACAACCUACUACGCACAGUGCUACCGCCACAUGCUGGACUUGCAGAAGCAGCUGGGCAGAUUUCCAGGCACCUUCGUGGGCACCACAGAGCCUGCCUCCCCACCCCUGAGCAGCACCUCACCCACCACCGCUGCGGCCACUAUGCCUGUGGUGCCCUCUGUGGCCAGCCUGGCCCCUCCGGGGGAGGCCUCGCUCUGCCUGGAAGAGGUGGCCCCCCCUGCCAGUGGGACCCGCAAAGCUCGGGUGCUCUAUGACUACGAGGCAGCCGACAGCAGUGAGCUGGCCCUGCUGGCUGAUGAGGUGGGCCUGGUGCCACAAGGUGGGGCAGGAAUGGGCUGGGUGAGGAGCAGCCUGGGCGCUGGGAUCAGGCACAUGAGGCCUGGAGGGGCCCUGUUGGGAAAGCAGGGACCAGCAGGUUAAAGAGGGCAUCUCCAGCUCUGAGGAAGCAAUCCCUGCUCUGCUGGGUCUCUGUGGAGCAAGUGAGAUGAGCACCAGCCACUGAAGGUGUAGCACAUGCCACGGGCCAUGGGGAGGUGGCAGCUCUGUCCCCACUUAGUCCUGGGGCCAGUUCCACCCUUGGCCAGGCCAUGACCGUCCUCUACUGCCAUCUCUGCAGCUCAUCACUGUCUACAGCCUGCCUGGCAUGGACCCUGACUGGCUCAUUGGCGAGAGAGGCAACAAGAAGGGCAAGGUCCCUGUCACCUACUUGGAACUGCUCAGCUAGGCAGGCCCCCCAUCCCCCCGCAUUCUGGCCUGGGCAGGAGAGGAUGGGCGCAGCCCUGCCACUUAACUUGUUUGUUGGUGACACAGCUGUUCAGAGUGGGGAGAAGAAUUUACCCCAUUCUGUCCCUGCCCCUAGUCACCUAGCUGUGAGGGUGCCUGAGGCUGAAUGGCCCCACCCCUCCCCUAGCCCUGCUUCUGACCUACGGCUCUGGAGCCCCUGCCCCUGCCUGCAUCCCCGAGCACCCCACUCUCCCGGCUCCACUAAGGAGGGAGGGGCUGUCUGCAGCAGCUGCACUCAGCACCUAGGCCAGGGUGGGGCCGCCGCAGAUGGGCGCAGGAAGCCCCAGGUGCCCUCAGCAAGAGCCUUGCCUUUCAGUUGCCAAAAGCUGUCGGGGGAAUGCGGCAAGGCACACAGGGCUCUGGCAGCCCCUGGGGACUGGGUGCUGCCCCUGGGAGGGGAGAGCCUGGCCAGGGCUGGUGUUGGGCCCGGAGCAGCAUCUUCCGGUGCUAUCCUCCCCUCCCACCCCUCACGGCUCAAGCCAAGUCCAGCGGCCGCAGCCUCCACCUCUCCACACUCACUUUUUAUCUGGUGUUUUUACUUCUGUCUGCGUUUGCUCUCUAGCCAAUAAACCCUCCUUGUGUGCGAGUCA